AGUAGGCGUCCAGCGCGCUUAUGUCAGUCGGCAGUCGGCGAGUUUAAGGUUAAACCGGACAGCGAGGAGGCCGGGCGAGAGCGCGGGCUGUCCUGAGCGAAGUGUCAUUAUAAACAAUCCGUCGACGACAAUUUUCCCCAUCUCCGAAAACGUGGGAACACGUGCGGUUAAAUGACAGACGAUUAUUAUGGCAACGCCCAUUUGUGAUAAGAAAGCGAGGGUGAUCGUCCUAGGAGGAUGCGGUUUCAUCGGGCGUAAUCUCGUGGAGUAUUUGUUGGAUAAUCAUCUGGUGUCGUACGUCCGAGUCGUGGACAAGGUGCCCCCGCAGACGGCCUGGCUCAACGCGAGGCACCAGCGGCUGUUCGAGAACCCUCUGCUGGAAUUCAAAAGCGCCAACUUGAUUAACAUAGCAUCCUGCCAAAAUGCAUUUUCAUCUGAUGAGCCUAUCGAUUAUGUGUUCAAUUGUGCUGGCGAGACAAAGAGCAGCCUCACAGAUCCGGUGUACAAAGAAGGCAUUUACAAAUUAAGUGUGAACUGUGCUCAACUGGCGGCCAAGAUUAAAGCCUCGCGUUAUGUGGAGAUAUCUUCUGGCAAUCUUAAUGCCUCUGAAAAGGCGCCUCAUAAAGAAGAGGACGCUGGAGAACCAUGGACGUUUGUCGCGAAAUACAAGUUGCAAGUGGAACAUGAACUGAAAAAUGUGCCAGAUUUGAAAUAUACUAUACUUCGACCAGCUAUUGUAUAUGGUUGCGGUGAUAGAAAUGGUUUAGCACCGAGAUUAGUAGUGGGUGCAGUUUACAAGCACUUAGGAGAGAUGAUGAAAUUACUCUGGGGACCGGAUCUUCAUAUGAACACGGUUCAUGUAAGAGACGUCGCGAGAGCGAUCUGGCACGUGGCCAACAGACCAGAAACAAUUGGUCAGACAUAUAAUCUCGUCGACGAAGGAGAUUCCACUCAAGGUUCCAUCAGUGCUAUAGUCUCAGAGCUGUUCAACAUCAACCAUGAUUACUGGGGCACGACGUUAUCUACACUGGCCAAAACCGAUAUGAGCAGUGUCGUUGAGGAAGUGAACGACAAACACAUGGGUCCCUGGGCAGAAGCAUGUCGCAAAGAUGGAGUGGAAAACAGCCCUCUGUCGCCCUACAUAGAUCAAGAGCUUUUAUAUAAUAAACAUUUAUAUUUACAUCCGGGAAAACUUUCAAACACCAUAGGAUUUGCAUAUCUGUAUCCUAAAUUAACAAAAGAUGCCCUUGCAGAGGUACUCGAUGACUAUGUGAACAUGAGAAUCUUUCCGCAUUCCUUGGUCCUAUGAACUCUAGCAAUAUCGACUGCCGAAUUCAAAUAUAUCGACAAGCUUUCACGAUAAUUCUUAUAAAUAUCAGCCACAUACAGACGCCAAGCGUUUUCACCGUGUGCCUAAAGAAAAGGGUUCUAUACAUGUUACAUACAUUCUAUUACACGUUAUACAUCUUUACACGACGCUAGACUUUGAAAAGCGCGUAUAUAUAUAUAUAUAUAUCUGGAAUUCCAAGAUUUCAUAGAAGGGCCUAUCGCCAAAUGUGAUAAAGUAGCAAUUAAUGUACUUAAUUUUAUCAAGUUAAUUUUCAAAGUACAGAACUUUUUUGCACCUUCUUUGAAAGGUCGCGCUAGUCAAACUCUUAAGAAUGAUCCGAAACAAUGUUAAGAUCUUGCACGCAAAUAUAGGUAUACAUAUACAUAUGUAUAUAUGAAGACGCUUAAACUUAACUUACAAUUAAUGAUAUUCGUAGUUUAUAAAUCGAUUUGGAUACAUUUUUUAGAUCACAUCAUCGCAAAAAGGAAAAAAAAGAAAGAUGCUUUUUAUACGCCAUUUUUUCCAGACUGUGGAUUGUCCUAAUCAAGUUGUCGAGAAUCCAUAUAUUUUUUUAUCAUUGGAUAUAUAGGAGGAAUUUUUUUCUCUUUUAUAUUCGCUACAUUCCAAGAUGUAUCUUCCAUUUAAGCUGUGAAUUAAGUUGAGAAAUCUUUUUAUUCCAGUCAAAUAUUAGAUAGCAAAUGUACGACCUAAACUAAAGGCUCGCAUAAGUACAAACAUUGUUAAAGACGCGUUAUAUAAAAGAUACAUGCAGAAAAUAUUACUUAUUGAUGUAUGAAUGAUUGUUCAUAUUGGUAGAUUUAUAUAUAAGAGCGCAGCAUGUAUUUGCAUGCAUUUAAUAUAAAAAAAAAGAAAGAAAUUAUUAUAUUCGUCUAUUAUUGGCAUUGAAUGCCUCGAUGAUAUUAGUAUUACAUUUUUUGAUUCUAUUGUUACACGCUGUGUAGAUUCUUUGAUAAUAAAGUUGCUCCAUUUAUGAAACUGUA